CACUUUGUAGGCCUGUCUCUAAGGGAGAAAAUAUCGUCACAAACGCUUGGCAUGCAUGCCUGGCAUUUAGAAAAUGUCAUCAUACACAACAAAUGUGUAGGCCUAUAGCCUACUUGUAAAUAGACUACAACAGGCUUUCAUAAACAUUCUACUCAACAACAACAAAAGUACAACAUUAAGAGUAAAUAUUUAUUCGAGUAAACUAAUUUCAUGCCAAAAUAAAACGAUGGGCAUCUAGAUAGGUAGACUAAUAUUUGGCUGCCACCAAAUAAAACCCAAAACGCUGCACUAAAAAUGCAAGGCCUAGGCGCUAGGCGCACCCUGUCCUAGUGCGGUUGUUUUCAUUGCAGUUUAUUGUUCAUUUAUUGUGCCGUAAAAGCAGGGUGCUAUUGACUAUGCGCUUGACUUCUCACCUUCACAUGGCACCUGAUCAGGUAAUUGGUAUAAAAAAAACAGUUUUGGAGAAGGGCAACUCCACCCAUCAUAGGGUAAAGACACAUUUUAAACCUUUAUAUUUACAAGAGCAGGCCUUCAAUAUCUUGCUUUAUUUGGUGAUUCCCUUAGUCAAAAUACAAAAAUGAAUGGUUCAAAAUAUUUAGAUAUCAUUGAGGGAUAUCAAUUGUAAAUCGCAAGUGUAGGCCUGCAUUUGUUUGGUAGGCUAUUGGUCCUAAAAAGCAGAUGGUUAUGAUACCCCGUCUGCUACAGUGCUUUAUUAAACUGUUUAAAAUAAUCAGAAUAAGCAUGUCAUUUCAUAAUAAUAGCAUAAUGAUAGUGAUCAUUUUUUUCAAAUACUUUUGUUUAGGGAUAUUUUGCCCGUGCAAAAAAAGAAGUCUUGAAACUCAUCGCUAAAUUAUAAUACUAUUUCAGCAAUACACCAGUAAUAGCGCAUUGAAUAUAAUCUAGCCUAUAACACGGAUAUCAUAAUUGUUAUUAUCAGUGAAGUCUAGUUGUUUACUUACCAAUUCUAUUUGUGCUACUGGCACAAGAGACAGAGUUAGGGUUGCAAUACUUUGUGUUUAGAAAUGCAAAAUUGUGCUACUCUUGUCUACGUCUACAGCUGAGUUAGACUUGCUGUAUCUGCAAAUAAUAAUGUAGCACAGAACAAAAUUCUAUAAUAUUCAGGACGACAAUUGGAGCCUUAUUUAUGUCCGAUUCGUUUUUUGUCUGGUUCAAAUGGUAGGCUAUACCUCCAUACCUCCAAAGGACAUGAGUGACCAGCUGUUUUUUUCCGUGCAAAUGCCAGACUGUUUUCCACAAAGGGUGCAAUAAAACACUUCCCCAUACACUUCCACUUCCAUAGUACAAUAAAACCGCUCUCUACCUCUCCCCAACCCAAAUCACGUUUCCUUCACAGAAAGCGCAUCAACAACCUCGGCCUAUGUUGUUAACGCGAAGUAUAGAGCACGGUGCCUAUUUUUCUAUUCGAAAGAUAUAAUCUACUCAACCUAAUAUUGUGUGUAUGGUGGGGGGGUCUCAGUUAAUACAUGUAUAAAUUAUCUUAAGAGUUGCAUGAUAAACCUGGUUUACAGAGGUCAAAUGUUCCAUAUUAACUAGUUCUCUAUUCAAUUCAGAGAAAGGCUCACCGAUAACAUCCCACUGCUGCGUUCGUCACAUGGCCCACAUUAAAGUAAUAGCCUUUUAAAAGCAUUCGGAUGUAGAGAUCAAAGCAUGUUUGGGGAACACCACGUUUGUAUCCGACAACUUCUGCCAACCCAUGAGCUCAUUAGUUCGAUUAAACUGAGUGCGGAACUUUUAUUUGGAAAGCGGAGAAGGAUUGAUUAGACUAUGUGGAUAUUAAUCGAAUUCAUCAUACCUGUCAUAAAAGUCCUUAUUAUCUUUCCCAUGUUAUUCCAAAAAGAAAAAAAUAGCCUAAUAGCAAUAGCUUGUCAUUCAAAUCUAACUUUAGGUAGGCUGUAUUGUUUACAUGGAAGUCUAAUAAUCUGAGUUUGAUAUCGAUUAAGACGCCACAGACACAUUUGUGGCACGUUUACGGUGGAUAUUUUAAAAGCAGGAUUUUCGCUAUAUUUAAAUUUGUCAUCAUUUAUUUUAUAUUGUGUUGUCCUGCAAUAGGCCUUUACCGUCAAAUCGUAAUAUUUUCCACCUACACACUGGCGUAGCUAUUUCAUCAACUAAAUAUCAACUAUUACAGUAACAACCCUCAAAUGUUCACUGCAGUAUAGGCUACAGUAGUUUAAUACUUUGCUCUCUUACUGUUUAAGCCUAUUGGCCUUGUUUGUAAUAGGCCUAACAUCAUUUUGUGGUUUUGUCCAUUAUAUAUUUUUUAAAGGCACCGCUUGACUAUCCAGUGUCUUCACUUUAAGUUUAUUCUCUUUCCAUUCACUAGUGCAGUUAAUUUCUGUUGGGCUAGGAUUUCCCACACGCGGAUACACACAGUGCAUGCAGUGGUGGAGCGUUAUAGGCGGUAGACUGGAUGCUGUCAUUUGUCUGCUUUUAUGACUUCUGCGGCUUACACGGGCGUUAAAGACAUUCUUUCGCUGUAAAACUGCAAUAAACCCCCACUCUCCUUGCCCAAAGAAUUCGCACUGAACAAAGGGGCAACGCGCCAAAAAAAACGCUUGUCCCAAUAUAAGACUUUCCUUACCUCUUCGAAUAAAUGUGUCGAAUUUCGUGCACCAGCUCUAAUCUAAUUAUUGUCCAAAGUUGCUAUAGACUAUAGCUUAGCAGGCAACCUCAUGUGUUAUCAAAUGUAGCAUAGACCUGUCUUUUUUGAUGGAGAAGCCUCAAAAGAUUUUGGCAUAUCCUUACAUGCCUGUCUAUCCACAACAACCCAAUUUCAGGUAAAAUACAACUCCAUUUAUUACUCCUGUCGUGUAGGCCUAUCAUGACAUAAGUAACAGUGAUCCCAUUGCAUGGCGAACUAUUUCGUGUAAUUCCAGCUCUAAUGAUAAAUUAGGUGUGUGUGUGUGUGUGUCAAAGCGCACGCUCCUGUGUUCAGUUUUCCUGUCAGCCUCUAGGCUUCAAAACAAGCCUGUGUUAGGACUUGUUUUAUGUCAAACUGAAGUAACUCAAUACUUACUAUUUGUAUUUUAUAUCAUAAGAUUAGAUAACUGUGUCAUGGCCAUUCCUAUUAUCGAAUACAUCAACAUUCAGUCCAUUCAUGUAAGUCUAAAGCCUAUAGCAACGUUGCUAUUACAAACGAUAUAAUUAAAUGUCACCCAAACAUGUUUUCUAAACUCUAUUUGAACAAUUUGAUUAAACCCCUUUGUUUAUCAUAAAUCAUGCUUUUUAAUCAGUUUAUAAGCUAUGUAUCUCACACCGAGGAAAAAUAUAUGAAUCGACGAGGGCAAUAUUGUCAAGACUUUUUCUAACUGAAUAAUUCGAUCACUGUAUUGCAGUUGCGGACCCUAAUCUUAUUUUCUCGACCCGAGAGACUUGAAAACAUAACUCUCCGUCGUCUCUAAGGUCCGUCUUUAAAAAAAUAACAAGAGAAUGAACUCAAGUCAAAUAAUUGAAACAGAGCAUGCUUGUCUAGCGUUAGCAUCUAUUUCUCUCAAUAAUUCAAUUCUACAUUUAGGCUAAUUGAUUAAUGUGAUUGUUUAUGGCCAAUCUGAUUCAAUUCAUCCACUGCAUGUUCUUUAUACAUUUAUGAGCAUUAGUGUUAUUAUUUUUGCUUCAGUAUAGUACAGGCUACUGUGCAACAAAGAACAUGUGUUGCGGAGGCAGAUUGGCAAGUAUGUGACUUUGUGCGUGCGCAUGCGCGCUCGCGCGUGUGUGUGUGUGUAUAAACGCUCCCUAUUUAUGUAGUCCGUCUUUCUGUAUGUGCGCACGCAUAUGACAAUGUAUUAGCUUGCGAUUGCGUUUGUGUGGGUACAUGCGCGUAUGUGAGAGUAGUUUCAAGCGAGGAUUUUUAAAAAUGAAGUAACGUUUUUUUUCUCCCUUAGUCCUCUACUCCUUGCUUUUUAUUGGAGGAAAUUUGGUCAGCUGACAUUGUCAUCUUGUCCAUCCUAGAGUGAGGCUUUAGCAACAACAUUCGGCUUUGUACCUUGUGUCUUUAUUGGUGUCUAGAAAUACAUUAUAAAGAAAUCAUUCAGCGUGCCGGUAUUAAAAGAUAGACUGACAGAGAAAAAAAGAGAGUGACUUAGUGUGAGAGAGGGAGAAUAGAGAGAGAGGUGAGAUUGUAAGGGAGGGAGGGAAAGAGAAAGAGGGAGCAAGGGAGAGAGGCAAGGUAUGAAUUCGUAUUUCGCAAACCCGUCGCUCUCAUGCCAUUUAGCUGGUGGUCAAGAGGUUUUACCUAACGUGGCCCUAAACUCAACUACCUAUGACGCUGUUCGACACUACUCAUCCUACGGAGCCGCUGUGGCCCAAAAUCGGAUAUAUUCCUCGCCUUUCUAUUCGCCCCAAGACAACGUAGUGUUCGGCUCGAGCAGGGGACCGUACGAGUAUGGAUCCAACGUGUUUUACCAAGAUAAGGACGUGCUGCCCAGCUGUAGGCAGAGCAGUUUGGGACAAGGUGCACAAACCUCACUCCCCCAGGAUUACCCGUCUGAUCCGGGCAGGAACGGCUCGCAGGAACAGAAGGGGAACAUUCAGAUCUUCCCGUGGAUGCAGCGGAUGAACUCUCAUAGCGGAGUUGGAUACGGUUCUGACAGACGAAGAGGCCGACAAAUUUACUCCCGGUACCAAACUCUAGAACUCGAAAAGGAAUUCCAUUUCAACCGCUACUUGACGAGACGCAGACGUAUCGAAAUCGCCAAUGCACUCUGUCUCACCGAACGUCAGAUAAAAAUCUGGUUCCAGAAUCGCCGGAUGAAAUGGAAAAAGGAAAGCAAUCUAACUACGACUCUCACCGAAAGUGGUUCGGCAGGGGUGAGUCAAGACACGGGUAAAGAGGACACAGAAGAGGCGACAGAAGAGAAGAAAGAAUGAACGAGUUCCUAACUUACUAUAUGCAUCAAUCCGCCGUUCUGUGAGGAUAACUUAACUACCUAUCAAGUAGCCUACCUAUCAACUAUUGUUUGGCACAAUAAAGAAACUAGUGUAUUAAAAUAUGUGGCUGCGUUAAAUGCAAUGUGGACGCUACAUAUCUUCAGACAUCAAUGUUUGCCUUUUUCAAUUUCUUUCUGUAUUGGAUAUGAACAUUUCACCGUGACCAAAUCAUUUAAUUCCUUACUUGACAUUCCCUUGUAUACCCAAACUGUGUGUAACGCGAAGACAUUCAUCAUUAUAUGUUCUUAAAUGCUGUUUGACAGCAAAGAAAAACAGUGGUUCUCAGAUGUCCAUACACCUAUGAUGUUGGCAAUAUGUUUUACAAAAGUAAUUGUCAUAAGAUGUGAAGGAAGGUAUAAGCUUUACAUCCGCUUGAGUAACCCAUUUACGUUUUUUUCGUUUUGCUGUUUUGUUGUACGAAAAAACUAUGCUGAAUAAUAACGACUCACACUACCUAAAUUGUUGAUAUGUUUGUAAAUAUAUGUAUAUCUAUAUUACACGCCUUAGUCCUGUGAGAGCAUUCGUCCGCAUCCCGCACCUUCUUUGUAUUAGCUAGCCUACUUUAUUUAUGUUUAGAUUAUGUACCAGUAGGCUAGCCUACAUUGAGUAUGUGGUCAAAUCAUAACUGACCGAUGUGGCUUGAAUUGUAGCGUUAGUUGAAAAUCCGAAAUAAAACAAUAACAGUGAUGAAGGCUAUGAAAUUCACUUCAAGUCAUAUUUAAUAAAACUGUUAAUAAAAAAAA